AUGGAUGUGCUAGGACUUUCGUUGCUCGUGGAUGAUAUUAGAGUCGCGCAUCGGCAGCAGCAGCAGCAGCAGUCCGGCCAGUCUCCUUCGGUGUCGAGGUCGCCGGGAGCGCAACUUUCGACGGAGACGCUCGACUCCGAACGCAGUACGGUCGCUUUGGUGUCCACCGCGCCACCGUCACCCUCCGUGCUGCUGGCCACGGUGGUGGGUGGCACGAGCCUCGCGCCGGCCAGCAGCAUACCGACGCCGUUCGCCGUGUUGCUGGCGCAGAACCAGUCGUCCGGGGGCGCCCAUGGCUUCGGGCCGGCGGGCGCUGAGGGUGAUGGCGUCGUCGGAUCGGCCGGGGAGGGGAUGGUCGGACCGGCGGCCUCGAUCGGGCUCGGUGGCGUGGCGGCGGGCGUCCCGGGCGGCUCCACGGUAGCCACGAUCGUGUCCUCCACGCUGGCGAACGCGGCCGCCGACCACGAGCUGGACCUGGACACGCUCCGCAAGGUGAUCAUCUGCGUCGUGCUGUUGGCUGUGAUAUUCGGCACCAUCGUCGGCAACAUACUGGUGUGCGUGGCCGUGUGCCUGGUGCGGAAGCUGCGCCGGCCCUGCAACUACCUGCUCGUCUCGCUCGCCGUCUCCGACCUGUGCGUCGCCUGCCUGGUGAUGCCACCCGCGCUCAUGUACGAGGUGCUCGGCGAGUGGAACUUCGGCCGGGUGUUCUGUGAUAUUUGGGUGUCGUUCGACGUGCUCUCGUGCACCGCCUCCAUCCUCAACCUGUGCGCCAUCUCCGUCGAUCGGUACUGGGCCAUCACCAAGCCGCUCGAGUACGGCGUCAAGCGGACGCCGCGCCGCAUGAUGCUGUGCGUGGCGCUGGUGUGGCUGGCGGCGGCCUGCAUCUCGCUGCCACCAUUGCUGAUCCUCGGCAAUAAGCACACGAUCGGCGAGGGCCCCGACCAGCGACCCUUCUGUGCGGUGUGCGAAGACGUCGGCUACCAGAUCUACGCCACGCUCGGUUCGUUCUACAUUCCGCUCGCCGUCAUGCUGUUCGUGUACUACCAGAUCUUCCGCGCCGCCCGGCGGAUAGUGAAGGACGAGAAGCGGGCCCAGACGCGGCUGGAGAACACGCUCGCCGUCGACAAAUCGGUGUCGACCACCACGACGACGACCACGACGACGGCGUCCAGCUUGAAGCCACCGGACGCGAUCGGGUCCUCGUUGGCCGCCGGAGGCGGUGGCUCUCCGCAUCAGAAGAAGCUCCGGUUUCAGCUAGCCAAGGAGCGGAAGGCGUCCACGACGCUCGGCAUCAUCAUGUCCGCGUUCACCGUCUGCUGGCUGCCGUUCUUCAUCCUCGCGCUCGUGCGACCCCUGAUGGGCGACGACUAUCCGACGCUGUCGUCCUUCUUCCUCUGGCUCGGGUACGCCAACUCGCUGCUCAAUCCGAUCAUCUACGCCACGCUGAACCGCGACUUCCGGAAGCCGUUCCAGGAGAUCCUGUACUUCCGCUGCUCCAACCUGAACAUCCUGAUGCGGGAGGACUUUUACCAUAGCCAGUACGGCGAGCCCGGCUCCCAGCGGUUCGUGCUCGAGAACGAGGGUCAGCAUACGGCUCGGGAAAGUUUUCUCUAA